GUAAAUAUGGCCUCGAAUCGGCUGUGGGUGGGCGGUUUCGACAGACCUAUUGAAAAAGCUGAACUAUGUGAGGUGUUCUCGGAGUUUGGUCCUAUAACCGACGUGUGGGUGGCGUUCAACCCUCCCGGCUAUGCUUUCAUUGAGUUUGAGAAGGACGAGCAGGCACAGAAAGCCAUGGUAGCAAUGAACCAGACCAUAUGUCUGGGUUGUAAGAUUACAGUUCAGACGUCUAAGAAGAGUGGGUAUCAGGGCAAGCUGGAGUGGGAUCAAGAAAUGAAGGACAAGGUCAAGGGGUCCAGGAUUUACAUCGGAAAUAUUGUCGACAAGAUAAACGUUGGCCAACUAAACGGAGCAUUUGAAGAAUUUGGAAAUAUAGUGGACAUAUCCGUUAACAAGGAGGGGUUUGCGUUUGUAGAGUUUGAGCACGAAGGAGAGGCGUCGCGUGCAGUGGAGGAAACAAACGGUACAGAGAUAUUCGGGGGGUUCCUGGAGGUGGAGAUAACGGCGCACAAAGGGAACCAUCUGCCGGUGCACAAAAAAUAUUUGAAACAGAAACCUGGAGAACUACCGUCAGCAGACAAAGCCGAGCAAAGUGACAAUCCUUUAACUAGGCUUUUCCUUGGAAACCUCAACCGGGAAGUGACCAAAGAUGAGAUGAAUACAGUGUUCGAGGACUUCGGAAAAAUCAAAGAAAUAUGGGUGCCUUAUACUUUCAAAGGGUAUUGUUUCUUGGAGUACGAGGAAGAAGUGGCUGCUAAAAAAGCGGUGGAAGAGAUAAACGGGACAACCCAAGAUUUCAGUGAUUCUCUCAAGGUCGAGAUAACAGCCAGAAAGAAACCUGAACAAAAGUCUGGUGGACGAGACGACUCCAGACGUGGUUCUAGAGGAGGAAGAUCUGGACGUCCUUCAACUGAACCCAGGCUAUUUGUGGGAAAUAUCAAAGAAGAAAUCGAGAAAACAGAUCUGAAGCCGAUAUUCGAACCCUACGGUGAAAUAGUAGACAUCUGGGUGGCGUACAAUCCUCCUGGGUUUGCUUUUGUACAGUUUAAAGACAUGGAGUCUGCUCAGAAAGCAAUAAAGGGGGUGCAUGAUAGGGAGGUGUUUGGAGGGAAACUGAAAGUAGACCUCACUAAUUCUAAGAGAAAAGGAGAGGACGAGUAUCCCCCCAAGAGACCCUACCACUCUGCACAAUCUCACCCCUAUGCGCGUACGGGGCCUGUUGCUGCCAGGAGGCCGCCACCAUUCCGAUCGUUACGCGGCAGAGCUGCGCGACCUGCGGCUCCGCAUCGACCCGUACGCCGGUACACUUACCACCAGGAUCCGUAUUACGACGAUCCGUACUACGCCGCUGGGCAGGAAUACGCGGACCCAUAUUAUGCGGCAGAGCCAGCUGCGGCACCUCAGGACCCUUAUUAUUACGACCAACCAUAUUAUCGGCCGGAUCCACUAAACAUGCGGUCAACAGAGCACCCUGUACCUGUAAGGAGACGGGGAAGGGGCGUUCGGGCGCGCGGCCCUCUUCCACCUACCGCUUCUUCUACUCAGAUUCCGUACUCUGAAGAAUAUUACUGACAAUUCAAUUUAUCGCCGUUUUUGCCUUCAAAAUUUCUAAUUUUAUAAGGUACCGACUCCUUGACUUAGUCAGUGUUAGGACCUGACAUCAUAAAUUUGUUACUGCGGAUCAAAAAUUCUGGACUUAGUAACUGAUUCGUUUACAUGGCCGAUAUUUUCAGUAUAGUAGUAGUUAAAAUCUCUAUUUUCUUCAGAAAUGUGUUGGUUAAAUUUUCUAAAUUGUUUACUGCAUCAGCUCAGCUGUAAGCUGUCUAUCGGAUUUAUCUUUAACAAUUAAUAUUAUUUUAGAUAUCAUAAUAACUUCUAUGUAUUUUUUGUCAUUGUGGAAUCAGACAUUUUUUAUAUUGAAAUUUAUGUUUUCUUGGGUAAAUUUCUAUUGAUCCCGUUUGGUGCGACAAGGAAAAGGCUCUUAUCAGGAAAGGAAUUAUUCAACGUUUCAAUGUGACAACAUCGUAUUCAUGAUCUC